CUGGCCAGCGUGCCCACGUAUGGGCAGGUACCUUACAGUGUAGGGAGGGGCUCGUUGUGGCUGAUCGUUCAGCUUCGCGGUGGUUUUGGGAAGCACCAGCCAGUGCAGCCAAACAAGGUGGUUGGUGUUUGCCUUGGGAGGGCGCCAGCGGGUCCCUGACACCUCAUUUAAUCCUUUUUGGGGUGCUGUAUCAGCAAGGACGAUGUUCCCACACCUCCUGCUGGGCCAGACCCAGCGCCUGGAGGGGUGGUUUGAGCUGAAAACGAGUGGCCGUUGUCGGGAAGAGUCGGGUCUGCGUGGGAAUGGGCACGGUUGCGCCAGGUUUCGCCAGGGGAGAAAAUGUACUUCUGGCUUGGCAGGUGUGACUGGGAGCAGGCAGCGUUCAGCGUCGCUUUGCGAAAUCUUGGCAGAUGUCGGAUCCUGGUGUUUUCCGUCAGGACGUCUCCCAAAAAGCCCCUGCUGCUUAUUUGGCACAGGGCUCCCUCAGGACCCCAGCCCCAUCUCCUCCUGUAAGGGGGUAGUGACACUAGAAAACAUCCCCGCUCUGUUUCUGUGCAGAGAAGUCAGUGCUGUGUUGUUUUGCCUCCUUGGUCAUGAAUUGCUGGGACGAAAAAAUAUUUUCCUUGCUCUUAAACCCUUGUGCUCCACCCGGUUGGAAAAGCUGCUUCCAGCAGGAUGAAGUUUGGGAUGUGAUUCGCCACCGUGCUCUCUGCAGUCAGACGGUCCCGAUCCCGCAGCCCGCCCGGUGUCGGUCAGCCGCAGCCGACUGGUCCGCAGCCCCCCGGCCGGGGACACCGUUCGUUCAAAUUCCCAUGACAAGCCAAGGGAUUAUGAGAUUUUCUCCGUCGCCUUAAUGCGGCUAGAGAGCCCGGCACGUGGAAGCAAAUCCAGUUUGCAGAUGACAUGCAGGAGUUCACCAAGUUCCCAACCAAGACGGGCCGUCGGUCCCUGUCCCGCUCCAUCUCGCAGUCUUCCACCGACAGCUACAGCUCAGCUGCCUCCUACACAGACAGCUCUGAUGACGAGGUGUCCCCCCGAGAGAAACAACAAACCAACUCCAAAGGCAGCAGCAAUUUCUGCGUGAAGAACAUCAAGCAGGCAGAGUUUGGGCGCAGGGAGAUCGAGAUUGCUGAACAAGACAUGUCUGCUCUGAUUUCACUCAGGAAACGAGCUCAAGGGGAGAAGCCUUUGGCUGGAGCUAAAAUCGUGGGCUGUACCCACAUUACAGCACAGACUGCGGUGCUGAUUGAGACGCUGUGCGCGCUGGGAGCGCAGUGCCGCUGGUCUGCCUGUAACAUCUAUUCCACCCAGAAUGAAGUGGCAGCUGCCUUAGCAGAAGCUGGUGUUGCCGUGUUUGCCUGGAAGGGGGAGUCGGAGGAUGACUUCUGGUGGUGCAUUGACCGCUGUGUUAACAUAGAUGGCUGGCAGGCCAACAUGAUCCUGGACGAUGGUGGGGACCUGACCCAUUGGGUUUAUAAGAAAUACCCCAAUGUAUUCAAGAAGAUUCGAGGGAUUGUGGAGGAGAGCGUAACCGGCGUGCACCGGCUGUACCAGCUCUCCAAGGCUGGGAAGCUGUGCGUCCCAGCCAUGAACGUGAACGACUCUGUCACCAAACAGAAAUUUGACAACCUAUAUUGCUGCCGGGAAUCCAUCCUGGACGGCCUGAAGAGGACCACGGAUGUGAUGUUUGGAGGGAAGCAAGUGGUGGUUUGUGGUUAUGGGGAGGUUGGCAAGGGAUGCUGCGCCGCUCUGAAAGCCCUGGGAGCGAUCGUCUACGUCACGGAGAUCGAUCCCAUCUGCGCGCUGCAAGCUUGCAUGGACGGAUUUCGGGUGGUGAAGCUGAGCGAAGUAAUCCGUCAGGUGGAUGUCGUCAUCACCUGCACAGGAAACAAGAACGUUGUGACCAGAGAACACCUGGAUCGGAUGAAGAACAGCUGCAUCGUGUGCAACAUGGGCCACUCCAACACCGAGAUCGAUGUGACCAGCCUCCGGACCCCGGAGCUGACCUGGGAGCGGGUCCGCUCCCAAGUGGACCACGUCAUCUGGCCGGAUGGGAAGCGGGUGGUGCUGCUGGCCGAGGGCCGUCUUCUCAACCUGAGCUGCUCCACGGUUCCCACCUUUGUUCUCUCCAUCACAGCCACCACUCAGGCUCUGGCUCUGAUUGAGCUUUACAAUGCUCCUGAGGGUCGUUACAAACAGGACGUGUACCUGCUGCCGAAGAAGAUGGAUGAGUACGUCGCCAGCUUGCAUCUGCCUUCAUUCGAUGCCCACCUGACAGAACUGACAGAUGAUCAGGCGAAAUACCUGGGACUCAACAAAAAUGGGCCUUUCAAGCCCAAUUACUACAGAUACUGACGGACCAUACCCAUGAAGGACCAGACCACACAAGGCAACAUUAGAGAGAUUAUUUUUAAAGAUAAUUUUUAUUUUGGUUUACCUUUUUUUUUUUUUUAAGAAAAAAAAAAAACAACAAAGGAACCUGUUUUUACAUUUAUCAGUGUGAUUUUAAAGUCACUUUUUUUUUUUCAGUUUCACCCUUUUACGUGAUCACAUCUCUGUCUGAUCUUUGCAGACAACCUGGGAUUCGCUUCUUGCUUUCAUGUGGCUGAAGCCGCUGGUGGUUCCCAGCCCUGGCUCCUGGGGAGGGUUUCCCUUUCCUGAUGUGCCAAGGGCAGUUCAUUCCUGCAGCGAUAAUUCUUUUUUUUUUUUUUUUUUAACCUUUCCAGCCUGCAUUAGUCUUGGCCGGGAUCCCUGCAGAUACGGAGAUGCUGUUCUACCUUAUCUUAUGUUUCUUUCUUUGUGUGGAUUAUCUGCAACUUCUAAAUUGCCUUAAAGAGCCCAGUUUUAGCUGCUAGAUCAAUGCUCCUAGCACUGCUUGGGAGCAGAGUGGCACCUGCUGGCCACCUCACAAAUAGGUGACUGUCCCCAAGCCUGGCCAAAGUCCCUGCACCGAGGUGGCCCAGGUUUGGUGGCCGCUGGCACAGGUUUGGUGGCCAGCUGGGUACGGGGGAGUUCACUAUUUCAGGGUGCUAAUCUGAAUUUGGACGGGGGUCGCUUACACAGCAUUAUCCUCAUCUCUCCUAGGUUUUUUUUAGCCAGAACUGCACCUUAAUUGAGUUAAAAACAUUUUUUUGUUUGUUUGUUUGUUUUUCCUCUUUUCCUUUUUGAUCCUUAAAGAGAUGUUUUAAUGGAGGGGGGAAGCAUCGGGGGAUGCAGCUACCCGCUGAGUGCGGGUGCUUGCUGCAUCCGAGUGGCCCCAUCUCCCACGGAGAAGCGUGGGGUGGUUUUAAGGGUGUCUGGGUUUUUUUUGAGGGGUGUUCCACUUUUUGUUUUGAGACGGACGCAGAGAUGAGCCUUCCCCGUACCCCAGCCUGGGCCCUCUGCCACAGACCCCUGCACAGAGCCCUCUGCUCCCCAUCACUGCCCUGGCCCUCGAGCUGGGCUUUCUCAGCUCUCCCUUGCCCUCUUGCAGUGCGUUUCAGCCGCUCUCAUCGCCUCGUCGUUCAUCCCCUUCCCCAUCCUCACUGGUGACACAUUUCUCUUUUCUAUCUCUUGCAGCUUGUCCCAGGGUGGGGGAAGCUCCUUGCAACCCAGUGAGGUUUCUCUUAGCUUUAUUUUUUUUUUUUUUAUCUUCCCCAAAUUGCCUCUUUGUUCCCCCCAGCCAAGGUCAGAGCAUGAAGGGAAGGACCCUCGCUGCCUGCAUCUCCUGGUACACAGAUAAUGGAGAUGCUGUGGUACCUGUGACUGGGGCUGCUCCUUCACCUCUGCCCACCCUGCCGUGCGGACGCCUUUUAGUGCUGCCUGGCUGGGUCCCUCCCUGGGGCUUUGCAGGGUUGGGGGUGCAAACCUCCUUUGUGGGGACGGGAGGAAGAUGGGAAGGAUGCUUGUGGAUUUGAUCACCCUCCUCUUACCCCUCUUGUCCUUGGACGACUACUCUUUUUCGCCCUGCCCCGUUUCCUCCUGGACUGUGGCUGGGUCGCUCGCUCUCCCCACGGAUUUUGGGGAUCACUCGGCUCCCUGGGUCCCCUCCACAAUCCCUCAACCUUCCUGGGGGACUCGCGCCUGGCUCAGUGAGCUGGGAUGGGUGUCGGUGGGGAUGGAGCAAGCGCAUCCCCCCCUUCCCUGUGAGGGGACCCACCCUGGGACCCCUGUGCUUUGGGGGUCAUGGUCCCCCUCCUUUCCCAUCCACGUUGGGGUUGAACCUCGGCCUAAGGGCUCCAUCUCUGUAUAAGCCAUGUCGCGGGGGGGUGGGGGGAGCCCGGGGAUGGCGGUGGCAGCAUCGGGCCGGGAGGGAGAGGUUUAUUUUGUAUAUGAAUGAUUUUUAAUGAAUGCAAUAUUAAUCCUUGCAGAUGAGCAAUAAAUCAUUAAAGUCUAAUUAAACUAUUAGGAAAAACAAA